GAUUACGAUUGAGUGUGAGAGGUUUGCUUCGUUGAUCGUCGGUUUGGAGUUGCCUGUGAUGUUUGUGGCGUCUAUUCCUGCAUCCGGUGAGAAUGAACUGCCUGAACGCUCAAUGUUUCAACAGGAUGUCGUGCGGUGUGCUAUUGAUGGUAAGGGGAAAUUCGUGAGCUUCUUUGAAAGCUCCUCUAUCGAAAAAGGGGUCAACUUCAAGCUGCAGCUGCUGCGACCACCGGUGACAAAGAAGACCAGGACGUCCCUGCCAAGCUCUCGAUGUUUUGAUUAUAAUCCUCAGGGAUGUAGAUGUAGGGUCACUGCUUUAAUCCUCUCCAUAUCUAUACGAAAAUCAUCCCGGUUUCUAAAAAAAAAAGAGAGAGCCCACGAGCGAGCGACUUGUUUAUCUUCUUUCCUCACCCAGCGCCGCCUUCCCCUCCAAGCUUGUGCACCAACAAUGACGGCCUCGCCCCGGCCGCUGUGCGGGUCAUACUAGGGGGAAGAGCCCUUUGUUGCCUCUAGCUCGACCCGGUGUUGGCUCCGCCCCUGCUAGUCCUCCCCUGCCGGUCCCGGUCAUCCACCCGCGCACUCUACUCCUUUCCCCACCCCGCCGGGCUGCACUUCCCCUUCUCCGCCGUAGCGCGUCGCCUUGUCUUCCCUCGCCGAAGCCGCUGCCGCUGCCGCUACCGCUACCCGCGCGGUGGGCUAGCCAAGGAGGUGGGGAACCACCGGCUGCGGGGUCCCGAGCUGCUCACCGCCGCCCGCCGUUCGUCUCGGCUGUGAACCUGCGCCGACCACCGGGUGGAUAACGGCAGGGCAAUAUGCUGAUCCCGUGCGAUUGCUUCCUCCAUCUACCCGCGCUGCCGCUGACUCCGUUGUCGAAUCUUGCGGUUUCGGCGCCCUGGAGAGAUAAAGGUCUCACUUUCCAGUUUAAUGCAGUAUCUGCGCCAGCAAGAACCGCUGAAAUUGACCUCCAUUUGGCAGUUCCAUGCACGAUUGCCAAACAGACUGCACCAAGGAAGAAGAAAGGCAGCUGGGUCAAUUACGGUGGGUCUCUGCCGGCAAUGCUGGAGGCACUGGAGUGUGUCCAGGACAUCGGGGAGGCGCUCUGGCCGUGGAAGGACACACUAAGCAAUCGGGAGAGGACGAUCAUCCUCAAGGAGCAGAAGGAUUGGAGACGGGUGGUCAAGAUCUUUGACUGGUUUCGCAGGGAGAGGGGCAAUGAGGUUAAUGUGAUUCACUACAAUGUCGUGCUCUGCGUGGUUGGUCGGGCGAGGAGAUGGGACCUUGUUCUUAGGCUGUGGCAUGAGAUGCAUUCCUGUGGUGUGGUUCCAGAUAACUCAACGUAUGGUACUCUGAUUGAUGUGUGUUGCAAAGGGGGGAGAGAAAGGGCGGCAUUGCUUUGGCUUGGUGACAUGUGCAAGCGCGGUUUGAUGCCUGAUGAGGUCACUAUGAGCAUUGUGCUGCAGGCACAUAAGAAGGCUGGAGAGUAUGAAAAGGCUGAGCUUUUCUUUAGAAGAUGGUCCUUGGAUUCAGGUAGAAUGAUGGAGGGACGUACUCGCUACAGCUUGUAUACUUACAACACCUUGAUUGAUACUUAUGGAAAAGCCGGUCAACUUGAGAAAGUAUCUAAUACGUUCAACCAAAUGUUGAGAGGUGGUAUCACACCAAAUGUUGUUACCUUCAACACAAUGAUCCAUGUUUGGGGUAAGCACCAUAGAAUGGAGCAGGUAGCUUCUUUGGUGACGAUGAUGGAAGAGUUCCAGUGCGUUCCUGACACUAGAACUUAUAAUAUACUGAUCUCACUGUACAGAGAAAGUGAUGAUAUUGAUGUUGCAGAGUACUACUUUUGGAAGAUGAAAGCAGAAAACUUGGUACCAGAUGUUGUGAGCUACCGCACACUAUUGUAUGGAUACUCUAUCAGGGGUAUGAUCAGUAAAUCGGAAGCUCUUCUAAAAGAAAUGGACGAGAGGGGCUUUGUGAUAGAUGAAUACACACAAUCAGCUUUGACAAGGAUGUAUGUAAAUGCUGCGAUGCUUGAGCAAGCAUGGCAUUGGUUUGACAGGUUCCAUCACCAGAUGAACUCUGAGUGCUUUGCUGCAAAUAUUGAUGCAUUUGGGGGGAAAGGAUACAUAGUCUUUGCAGAGAAGGCUUUUAUGUGCUGCUUAAAGAGGAAGAUGCUCAGUGUUUCUGUGUGCAAUGUUAUGAUAAAAGCAUACGGGUUAGUAGCGAAGCUUGAUGACGCCUGCGAGAUAGCUGAUGGCAUGGAGAGGUAUGGCAUUUUGCCUGAUGACUUGACUUACAGUUCUCUCAUUCAACUUCUGUCAACUGCUAAACUGCCAAAGAAAGCUCUCUACUACUUGAAAAAGAUGCGAGCAGUAAAAUUGCUGUCUGACUGUGUUCCAUACACUGUGGUAAUUAGUAGCUUUGCUAAAAGUGGUGAUUUGCACAUGGUUGAAUGCCUAUUUAGAGAAAUGAUCACUUCAGAGAUCCGUGCUGAUGUUUUUAUCUACUCUAUCUUAAUUGACGCAUAUGCUGAAGUUGGAAAUGUCCAACAAGCUGCAGCAUAUUUUGGUUUAAUGAAAAAGGAUGGUUUAUGUGAGAGUGCUACGAUCUACAAUUCUUUGAUAAAGCUGUACACGAAGGUAGGGUAUCUUGCAGAGGCACGAAAAACAUACAAGCUUCUCAGAUCAUUGGAUACUAAUGCCAGCCUUUAUGCAUCAAAUUGCAUGAUUGAUCUCUACAGUGACCAUUGUAUGGUGAAGGAAGCACAUGACAUCUUUGAGAAUUUGAAGGCCAGGGGAACGGUUAAUGAGUUCUCAUAUGCAAUGAUGGUGUGUUUGUACAAGAAAGUUGGUCGCUUUGAUGAAGCUCACAGGAUUUGCAAGGAAAUGCAAACUUUAGGGCUUCUAACUCAAGCAUUAAGCUACAAUUCUGUGAUUCAAAUGUAUGUAUCUGGUGGAAGAAUGGAUGAGGCUCUUAAAGUAUUUAAGAAGAUGUUGGCAUCGAACAUGCCACCAAAUGAUGCAACAUUCAAGGCACUAAAGGUUAUUCUAGUGAAAAGCAGAGUUGCAAAGAAUGAGACUAGAAAGUUAGAAUUGCUUAGAAGAAAUAACGCUCAUGAUUGCUUGCGUCAAUGGUACAGGGCACUAUCUUCAGCUGUAAGAUCAAGUGCCAGUUCUUUUCAGCGUAGUAUUAUUGACCAUUCUGCUGUAAGGAUACAUCCUUAUGACAAGAAAGCAAGUAACUUGAGAACUGAUUUCAAAUGGUUGAAAUCAUAGAUGUAAAUACACCACUGCACUGAUCCAUCUAUUAAACUGUACACAGAGAGCAUGUAUAUUGUCUUUGAAAAGGAAAAGGUUUGGCUUUGCCCAGUGAAUUCUCAUAGGUCGAUCGCAUGUGCAUGGAUCCUGUCAGAUUUCUGCAGUUUUGGAGUACAUUGCCCAACAUUAAGUUCCAGCAAUGACAUAAACAUGAUGGAUGUGCAAUGAAAGUGGGCAACAAUGGCCUUGGGACAUGUAAUACUCGGAUAGCUCGGCAGUCACAUCAUGCCAGGCUUUCUUGCAGGGAAGUACCACACUUUCAGAUUAUACGGCUAUUUGGACUGUUUUGGCACUGACAAAAUGCAAUUUGUUUGCAUGACUGGCAAUCAAGAGUAGUCCUUAACAGCAUACAGUGUGGCCAAGAAGAACUGACCUGUGGCUGGCAAUUUUGCAUACAGGCAGCGGAAACUUCUGAUCACCUGCUGAUGAAUUAGCCAGACAGAUUUCCUUCUGGUCUAAAAUUCUGCCUGUGCCUUGCGAUUGGAUGAUAGUAAAAUCCUGCCCUUUAGGAAACCUCAUCAUAGUCAGUGCUGGUGGAUGGAUAGUAGGAACAGAAUUCCAAAGAAAAGAAAAUUUUUAUGCACUGGCUUUCUGAUUUUGGCAACAAUAGAGCGCGCGUAAUUUCAGAAUUUCUAUUACGCGUGAAUCCAUAUUAAUUUUAAAAAAUGCGCUAUAUUUAGGUCAUUAUAGAGAUUAUUUAUUAUAUUAUCUACGAGUGAAAUGAGCAAGCUUAUAGCUAGAAACAUAACUAUAUUGUUGGCUGUCUCGGUCAUGAUCCCAUCAGUGGUGCGUGGUUUUUAUGGUAGUGUUUGAUCGGAUGAUAAGGUGGGAUGUGACGAUUUUUUCAUGUAUUAAAGGAUGUGAUGAUUUAAAAUGUUUGUUUGGUGAGAGAGAUGGAACGAGCCUAUUUUGGAAUCUUGUGUCCACCAUAAUUCUCAUUUUCUGAGUAGGAUGACUAUGUCUGAGAAUUUUUUUGAAAUCCUCUCAUCUAAUAUCUAAAGGAAUAUUCUCUUAAGAGAGUCAUUAUAUCUCCUCAUCCUCCAACCAAAUAUUUAAAACAAUAGGAUAAGAUUAUCCCAACCAAACAUUAAUUAAAGCAUUGUUUAUUUAUACUUCUGGCUUUUGUGAUAGUAAAAUUGCUUUUACUUCUCAAAAAUUACAAUAAGAAGUUAGCAAAAAUAAACUAUUUAUUUAAACUUAUAAUUUUUAAAAAAAUAGGAAUCAGCAGAAAUCUAAACAAACAUGACGUAAAAGCUCACACCAUCUGUUGCUUCUGGCUUCUGCUGCCUACUCCAGUGCUCUGCUACGUCAACCUGAGCUCCUUUGCUUCUCCCUCCUCGCAAGCCAUCACACCUCUAUGCUCCAUCUCAAAUGGUGACAUUGUGACUUAUUGCUUUUACAAUGGAUAAGUUUUGGAGAUGUUCAAUCUACACCAGGAGGCUGGGGAGAACUAGUGUGGGAAAAAUCAAAAGCAUUGAACUUACAUUUCACCGUUUGGUGGGCCUACUGUUGAGCUAGCCUCAUUAAUUGGCAUUAGCGCAGAGUGAUAGUAUUGUGGCAUUGAAAUGACUGGAAACUUAAACAGCUCUAAUCCUUAGACUUCUCUGUGUCACAUAAUUUUGUGAUGCCUGCUUUGAUAAUUUGAUACUGUCACGCAAGUUAAAUGAGACAAUAGCUUAGGAUUAUAUUGAAUGGGAUUAUCUUUUAAUAGUCCUGGAGUUAAACAUUCACCAUUCGCAUUGCUGGUUUGCUAUUACGCUGAUUUUCAUUCGUCUCCAGACUUAAUUUACAAGUUUUUUAUGAUUGAAGGCAUGCCGUUCCCAACUUAUGCAUUCAAUGGACUUGACCCGUUUGGGGUUUGUAGUGAUGGUUUUGUUACCACUUUUGGUGUGGUUGAUUGGUUGUGUUUUCUUACAGAUUUAAGAUCGUGAUUUGCACCUUUUGCAGGUUCUUACAAUGAGAAUCAUGCAGUUUUCUAAUGCUGCACCCUGAAUUUCGAGCGCAUCUCUUGGAUUGCUGAAGGCAUAAAAAAUAUACUAUUUGCUGCUAAUAUUUGUUUAGCCUUCAGUAACUCUUUCAAGCUUCAUUCUCUGUGAAUUCAUAAUCUGGCAUUUGAUGUGUUUAUGAUUGUGGUUGUCUUGAUUGUUUUGGAUCUCUACACCCUUUAAAAAUUAGUGUUUGAACAAAUUGUAGUGGUCUUGAUUGUUUUGGAUCACUGCACCCUCUAAAAGGUAGUGUUUGAGGAAAUAACCAGGCUAAUUACGAUAUUAUUUAUCUUUUCUGUCUUAAUCUUCGAAUUGAAUUCUCCUUCAUUUUGCUUAUGACUAUCUGCAAACUGUUAUUUGGUUGUAAGAGUAAAAUCAAUUAUCAAUACAGCAAUAUUGCACCCAAGCAAAUCAUGUGACGAGUAUCCAUCCAUGAAGAACUGCAAUAAUGGCAGACCUCUAAAAAAAGCCCUGCAAUGAUGGUCAUCACAUAAUCACAUUAUAAGCCUUACUUUGUUGAUUUGUUCAAGUAUGGCAUUGGCUGCUUAAGUUCCUUUAUGAAAUGACCAAGGAGAAUUGAAUCAGUAAGCCAGACAGCCAGUGAAUGCUUUUUGGUCUUGCUUUUCUCCUGAUCCUUUUUACGAUUUCACAACGCAACAACGGUAGAUGAAUUUAUUUACAACAGUAUGCUACCUGGUGCAUGUGUAUGCAGUUAACUCCUUUGGCCUUUUUGAUUACUCGAGUUUUUUUAUUGCUCAAGAGAUCUUUUUAGGGCCUUGACUGCCUGCUGUCCUUCCACCGUGCAGUUCAACCUAAUUUGAUGGUUUUUUACUGUCAGCAGAAGAUGUCUGUCUGGAGUCCAGACCUAAGCUUCCUUGUGACUACUGAUGCUUACUUGUUUGUUCACAUCGAUCCUAUGGCUGCUCAUUUGCUCACUGCAUAUGCUGUAAUAGUUGCAGAUGCAUUCUCUGGUUAUGUUUCUUUGCUAAGAAUUUCGGCACUCUUUCAUCAAAUCACUUGGUUAGUACUUAGUAAGACAUUGGCUCUUACCUUUGCAGGGCAAGGCCAUGGAGAGUGGAACCAAGGUUGGUGAUGUUAGGGAAAGGGAAAGGCAACUCAAGUUCAUGGAAGAACUUGGCGCUGCAACGAUCCCAAUCCUAGUGCAUACUGCUCUCUUGGGCUUGCCAAACAUAACCUGAUGUCCGUCAGGGCAAGCCCCAGAGCAGCGACUCGCAAGAGGGCGUCUUCGUCUGCACGUGGAACUAUUCUCCACUAACACUGAUGAACUCAUCUGGAUGGUACUCCAUCCAGGUGGAGCUUUGGUGAUUACUAACUAUAUAGUGCGCGAUUAAUGCCCUUAAUUUCCUUCUCAUUUCUGCAAGCUUUGACAGCGCAUUUCUUUUGUUCUCGUCUGCGGUGAGGUAAUGCUCCUAGUUUUGUGCUGUGCUCAGGUAACUUUGAGUGGGUUGUGCUGUAUGUGUUUUUGGUGUGUAGUGCCCUCCCCCUGGUAGACCAAUUUCUGGGAUGUAAAUUGUGGACGUGGACCAAAUGCUUAUCACGUCCACCCUGUAAUCCUGUAUCAUUCUGUGCGAUUAAUUAUGCUACACAAGUCUCUUCUAUUCUCUUAUGGUGAAAAAGGGUUUCUUUCUGCUA